UAGAGGCGUGUGUGAGUGUAGGGCUGCAAGCAGCCAAUGUUCAGAGUUUCUGAAUGGAAAGCUGUCAUUUUAAAAAAGAGAAACAUUCUUUGUGUGGUUUGAAUAGGUGUGUUUGAGGAAGUAUAGGAAUGUCGACCAAAAUCUAGAAUAUCAACGUUAAAUGUGAAGUUAUGUUCCUGCCUUAUGUUGACAUAAGUACUAAAAUGAAGAUGGUGGCGCAGGAGGUAGUGCUAUCAUUCGGCAACUGGAGGGUUGCAGGUUCGAGCCCUGGUUCUUCCUGACCUCAUCAAAGCCUCCUUGAGCAAGGACACUGAACCCCAAAUUGCUUCUGGUGAGCAGGCUGGUGCCUUGCAUGGUGCCGGUGUAUGAAUGGCUGUGUGAAUGGGUGAAUGUGAGGCGUGAAAUGUAAAGUGCUGUGAGUACUCGUAAGAGUAGAAAAGCACUAUAUAAAUGCAGUUCAUUUACCAUUAGCCCUCCACAAUGUUACUCUCAAGAUGUCUUUAUUGUUACAAUUUGUACAAUGGUCAGCGCUUAGCCUAAUGCCUUUAGUUUUCUUUAUGCUGAACAGAACUCAAGGACUUCUAUCAUGAGUGGCUUAAUGAUCAAAAUAUGCAUGGACCAGAUGACUGCAGGACAUAUUGGCUCUUGUGUUUUUUUUUUGUUUGUUUUAUGUGUAGGACAUGGAUUUAUUAGUGCUUUGUGUUCCCACUGGUGUAUUUGUGCAUUGCUUUGGUGUACUCUGUCACUUAAAGGGUUUUGAGGAUUUCGGAAUGGAUGAUGCAAUGCUUUCAUCAAAAGCUCACUGUUUAUACAUUUAUUUCAUAAAAAGAGAACAAUACCUGCAAGCUGAUGUUUUUUUUUCCCAAAUACAUUUUUGCAAAGGUGAGGUUUCUGUGUCCACUUCAGCUUUUUUCUUUGUUGUGGCUAACCACCUUAUUUCCGUUUAUGUGCCUUUUUAAUAGAAGUGAUUACUCAACGCAUUGUAUUUUGAAAGUCGACAGUAUUAAGGUAACACGAACUACUGCCGGACAAUGUCUAAGCAUAAAUAAUAUUUCAGGUAUAGCAGCAGAGAUCUUUUCAAAAUAUAUUUCCCAUAUCAAUCGUAGCAACUAUAUUCCAUUGAAAGUAACUGAUUUUACGAAACGUAUCUGAGGUUUUAGGAGAUGUCAUUGGUACUCAGGCAUUAAAACGGCGCUUAAACUAGGGGGGAUGUGCACCCCCAACAGCAAACUUUCCUGUACCCUUGUACGCCCACCGUAUUAAUUUCACUAGUAAAACUCCAAAACUCAUCUAUUAAUGUCGUAAGUUAAAGCCUAAGCGUAAACCUAGAUCUGCCGCACUACGGACAAAGAGAUCAACUCAUUUAAAAUAACGUUUCAUGUAUCUAGGGUAAAUGAUGGUAGCGCUUUGUAAGAAUUAUUAGGCUACAUUAACAGUAGUUGAGACAGUAAGCCACUGAUUACCCAACGAGCGUACCAUAAGACGUGCAGUGGACUACUUUUGAAACAUUUACGAGUAUAUACUUAACAAAGAGUUUAUCUGCUGGUAAAAUGCGUUGUUCCAACGUAACAGAUGACCAACAGCAUGAACUUCUGUAAUCCGUUCAAGUUCUGUAACUUCAGGAUGUUGCAAGAGUUUGGAAUAAGCAGUUUUGACAUGCUUGAUUCUCAUUUCGGAAGACUCAUCCAAGUGCUUCCUAUUGAGUCAAACGCAGGGUUGCCAAUUGUCACGCUGUCAGACUCUCACGCUUACCUAAGAGAUCUUAUAGAAAAUCUAUAUUAUUCCAUCGUAAACCUAAAAUUAGCAAAGGCGUUGGGGCAGAUUGCACCCCCUACAGACUAUUUACAAGGUAUUAAAACUUACGUACAUGUAAAUGCGUGAGCAGGCUUAUGGUGUCUCGACCUGAGAAUCUCACGCCGAAGUUGGCAACCCCGCAAAGGCCGGGGAAGCUGAAGCCCCCAGCCCUCCUGCUGUUAUUGCAUUACUCACGUUAUUUAACUACGCUCAUGGGAAAACCAUUUCAAAUAAACGCAAUGAAGACAUGAGAAUCAAACGUGAAGCAAGUCAUACGUAAUCAAUUCUAUUAUCAACGAUACUGUAUACAAUGAAAAUAAUUUAUCGCUGCUUUUGUGGUUACAGUAAUUUAAGUGCUGCAUUACGACUACCAUACUAUACUAUAUUCAUGCACACAGCUGACGAUCAGUGAUAAGGUAGUAUCAAAGUUAGUCAGCUGGUUAAAUCUGUUACAAAAAAAAACAAGUAGUUUACUCAUUUGGUGCAUAAGUAGAAAGUUUCAUUUCCUGUUUGCUGAUCUUGUUGAGAAAAAGAACAAAACAUAAAAAACAAAUAUAACUGCGCUCUUUACCCACACCCAGGGGCGUCAGAAGCAUUUUGAAUGUGCGGGGACAUACUGGCAUAAAACUAAUAUUUUAUGUUAAAUGUGAGGGGAUCCAAACGAAUAAUUAUGAAAUGUGAGGGGGACACGUCCCCCUCAGAUUUAAUGGUGGCGACGCCCAUGCCCAUUCCUUUAAGUCAUAUAUUUAAUGUUUAUUAUUCUGAAAUGUUUGCAAAUCGCAAUUUCAGUUAACGCACGUCAAAUAACCAAUAUCGCGUCAGUCUGUUUUUGUAUGUAUGCAAUCUCAUUGAAAUGUAUGGCGAAGUACAGAGUAAGAGGGUUUUUCUGAGAAACUCAGGCGCGAGUUAAGGGCGGAGUCUGGCAGCUCGCGCUUCAUUUAGCGGCGCCUGAGAAGCGGGCGACCUCUUGAAACCCGUAAGUCUUAGGCGUCUAUAAACGUUCAUUCGCAGCGGAAUAUUCAAAGUAGCAGGACUUCGAGUUUAAUAUCUGACAUUCGUAACGCAAAAGCCAGACGUGCGUAUUGAUGUCUGCGUGUGGAUCAACUCUACAGAAAUGUGCACAUUCAGCCAUAGGCUGUGUAGUCCUCAUCAUGGUCAUCUUGCUGGAUUUUGUCACAGGCAAGAACUGCAGCCACCCCAUAAUGCCAGAACAUGUCUCCUUCCGCUGUGAAUCAUCUCCCUGCCAAGGUUUCCCGCACCAGAGCACCAUCCACUACAUCUGCGAGUCAGGCUAUUUUAUUCCUGGACGUCGUUAUUCCCGCUGUCGUAAAGGAACAUGGGACCCCCCCAUCCCAACCUGCAUUCUUCGCACAACGGGGCAUGUUUACACAGAUGAUAGAGAAGUCCAGCCUCUCCCAAGUGUUGCCACAACAGCAGUUGGUGUAUCGAUCUUCCUGCUCACUACCACAGCCUGCAUGGUGAUUAAAUCCCGCCUCUACCCCUGUCAGUCAACCAGGCAUUCCCCUGAGCAGAUGGACCUGAUGGUGGACGGACUGCCGGUUUCUCUUCCGACAUACGAGGAGGCGGUGUACGGGAGCUGGGGCCAGCGACUCACCCCCACUCAUGGACCGACCCAGCUCUUAUUGGCCCAGGAGACUAAUGGGCACAGCCUUUUGCCUCAAGUUCAGGUGGAGAUAAAUGGUUCUUCUCAGCCAUCCAAUGAGAGCGCAGAGCUUCCACCACCACCAUAUGAGGAAGUACAGUCAAGAUCCUCUGGUGAUCAGACUGUAGGGGAUGGACGAACACUACAUAUUGCACUUUCUGAAGACAAGGACAGCUAAUGCCACAGUUUUGUUUGUUAAUUGUUUGGACAUUGCUGAACAAAGAGCUGUUCAGUCUGUUGAUUAUUACUGCCAAGACGGUGACGUUUGCAUAGGAUUCGUUUUAAUUGUCUGUUGUAUGAUUACGCCUUUUGAGUGGCUGUAUAUCACUAAAAACAAGUGGCUUAAAUCUUUCCUAUGGGUUGAGAAACAUGAUUUAGAGGCUAAACCACAUGAUCACAAUAGUGAUCAAGUAGUAAUAUAUUCAUGGUAAUUUUUCUGUGUAUUUCCAGCAGACGCUGGGAAUUUGAACGUUGCUAUCCUGUCAGUGAUGGGACCCAAACUGGGGAUUCUGUUGGCCAGUUCGAGGAGGUAGUACUUACUGUGAUAUCCAGCAUUGCUGUUGGUGCAUCACUUUUAGGCGGAAGUAUGAUGUUCAUAUAUGUUUGGAAGGAAACCAGGUGUUGGUGGUAUUUCUCGGAAUGUGAAAUACCAGCAGUGAGAUGGAGCAGAUUGGUAGUAAGAUGCAAAUGUAGUGCCCCUUUUGGUGAUGGGACCAGAUAGAAUCUGUGAUGUUGUUCCAUCGAACCUCUCAACUUUACCACUGUACCUAACCAAGUGCUUCCUGCUCCGUCACCUCUGUUUGUCUCCAGCCAGAAAUGGAAAGUGCGAGGUUUCACAUUACGUGAAUGCAUAGCGACUUUGAAGAUAUAAUCACCUUUGCCAAUUUCCUCUAUAGCCUGUCGGUUUGUUCCUUCCUAUCCAUUUUCACCUGACUGUAAUUGUGGUCUCGGCGCCAAAUGCCGUGUGAUGUUGAAGUGAAUGGAUAGUUUUUUUUUAAAAAAAAGAAAGAUUAAUAUAUUAAAGUAACAUUAACAUUGUGUACUUUGCUACAAUAUUACAUUUAAUAAAAAUGUAUAAAUGUU